UUACAGACGCGGAUCAAGGCUCAUGAACUCCGAGGAAAGAAGAAGGAGGAGUUGGAGGAGAACCUCAACAAGCUGAAGCAAGAAUGGGCUCAGCUUCGAGUUGCCAAGGUGACUGGUGGUCAGGCAUCCAAGCUUGCUAAGAUCUGUGUCAUUCGUAAGAGUAUUGCUCGUGUGCGAACUGUUAUGCACCAGACACAAAAGGAGAACCUUCGCAAGUUCUACCGCAACCGUAAGUUCAAGCCCCUGGACCUCCGCCCCAAGAAGACGCGAGCCAUCCGUCGCCAGCUCAGCCGAUCAGAACUCAACCGCCGCACCAGCAAACAGAUCCGCAAGGCCAGCAUGUACCCCAUGCGCAAGUACGCCGUCAGGGCGUAAAUGUAGCUACAUGCAACUCUCAAAACUGUUUCACAAACAUUUUCAGGACCAGGAUUGCUUCUGUCUUCACAGGAUACGGUGUUAUGGCUUAAUCAGUUGGUGAGACGAGCUAUGAUAUCACACAAAGAAGGUGAACCAUCAACGAUGAAUGGUCACACACUCACCAUCAAUGGGCAAGGAAUAUUCAUCAUCAUAACUCAAAUUGAUCCAGGAACCUCAUUGCCAGAUUAAUAAAGUCUGUUCUCAGCACAUAA